GGGCGACUGAGCGAAGCAGAGCCCAGCCCAGCUGCUUGUGUGCUACUGUGUCAACAGGAGCCUGCUGCGCGGUGGUUGUUGUGUACAGUUUAAAGAUCUCCAGGGGACCCGGCGAGAUCCCGCAGGCAGCAAAAGCAGCUGGGCAGAGUUGGGCUGGCCCUCCUGAGCACAGCCUGGUCAGCUGGAGUGAGAGGCAGCCAGGGCCAGAGCUCCCCAAAGGGAGCAGGAAUGCUGCACCCCAGCCCUUUGUGGCUCUGUAGCCUUCCGGGGGGCCAAGAGGACAAAAGGCCCUAAGCCCGUGGAUGGGAAAAGGGCAGGCAGGGCUGGUGUCGUCCCUGCAACCCGCCUCCCCCUUUUGUCUCUGGGAGGAUUAGCCUAAGUCUCAGGUUGUUUAGGAAACAGCGGAUGCAAGUGACAGGUCUGUGGAGGGGGGAGUGGCGUGUGCAGGGUCCUGAGAGCCAUGCCUGUGGCAGCUGCUGCUGGCCCUCCCCUCUAGACCCUCUGUGCACCUGCCAGGAUCAUGAAGGAGGUGAAGGAGUCCAGAGACCAGCAACUCACGGUGGCCCUUCGGAUCCGGCCGAUCAGCAUGGUGGAGCUGGAGGAAGGAGCUACUCUCAUAGCUCAUAAAGUGGAUGAACAGAUAGUGGUGCUCAUGGAUCCCAUGGAGGACCCCGAGGACAUCCUGCGAGCCAACCGCUCCCGCGAGAAAUCCUACGUCUUCGACGUGGCCUUCGACUUCACGGCAACUCAGGAGAUGGUCUAUCGCGCUACCACCAAAGGCCUGAUCGAAGGUGUCAUCUCCGGGUACAACGCAACCGUCUUUGCCUAUGGCCCCACCGGCUGCGGGAAGACGUACACCAUGCUGGGCACAGACCACGAGCCCGGCAUCUACGCACGCACCCUCCAUGAUCUGUUCAGAGCCAUUGAGGAGACCAGCGAUGACAUGGAGUAUGAGGUGUCUAUGUCCUACCUUGAGAUCUACAACGAGAUGAUCCGGGACCUGCUCAACCCAUCGCUGGGCUUCCUGGAGCUGCGGGAGGACGCCAAGGGAGUGAUCCAGGUGGCGGGGAUCACGGAAGUCUCCACCAUCAACGCCAAGGAGGUCAUGCAGCUGCUGCUGAAGGGGAACAAGCAGAGGAUGCAGGAGCCCACGGCCGCCAACCAGACGUCGUCGCGGUCCCAUGCUGUGCUUCAGGUCACCGUCCGCCAGAAGCCCCGCAUCAGGAACAUCAUGCAGGAGGUGCGGGUGGGGCGGCUCUUCAUGAUCGACCUGGCUGGCUCCGAGAGGGCAUCUCAGACCCAGAACCGUGGGCAGAGGAUGAAGGAGGGAGCCCACAUCAACCGCUCGCUGCUGGCGCUGGGGAACUGCAUCAAUGCCCUGAGUGACAAGGGGGCCCCCAAGUACGUCAACUACCGCGACAGCAAGCUCACUCGCCUCCUGAAGGACUCCCUCGGGGGCAACAGCCGCACAGUCAUGAUCGCGCACAUCAGCCCCGCCAGCAGCGCCUUCGAGGAGUCCCGCAGCACCCUCACCUACGCCGACCGCGCCAAGAGCAUCAAAACAACGGUGAAGCGGAACCUGCUCAAUGUCUCGUACCACAUUGCCCAGUACACCAGCAUCAUCUCAGACCUGCGCAGCGAGAUCCAGCGCCUCAAGUGCAAGAUCGAUGCGCAGGGGCCACGCCUGGCCCGGGGCGAGCGGGGUGACAUCCGCCACAUCCAAGCCGAGGUGCAGCUCCACAGCUCCCUCUGUGACCGGCAGGAGAUGGACCAGCUGCGGGAACAGCUGAUCGGCGCCUUCCAGGAGCAGAUGGACCUGCGGCACCAGCUGAUGGAGCUGGAGAACAGCUACAUGGAGAUCCAGAUCGAGAGCACCCGGCACCUGCUGACCAUUGCGGACUGGGACCAGGAGAAGAGGCACCGGGCCCAGAAGUGCAGGGAGGAGCUGAGGAAGGACGAGAGCGAGAAGGAUUCGGACACCGGGGAUGAGCAGCCGGACGCACCGGAGCCGCAGGAAGUGAGCUCGGCCAGGGAGAACAUUGCCACCCUCAUGGGGGAGCAGAAGAAGCUGCGCAAGCAAAAGGCGGAGCUGGAGAAGCGGUUCAAGGAGAUCCGCCAGCGGGGGCGGCGGCUGGAGGAGGUCCUGCCUCGGCGCAUCAGCUCGGAGGAGCAGCGCGAGGUGCUGAGCCUGCUCUCCAAGGUGCACGAGCUGGAGCUGGAGAACACGGAGAUGCAGUCCAGCGCCCUGCUCAAGGACAGCGUCAUCCGCCACAAGGGCUACGUGGUGCGGCGCUUCGAGCAGCACCGCAGCCUCUGCGACCGCAUCAUCCAGCAGCAGAGGCAGAUCAUCCACGAAUAUCACCUCUCGGUCCCGCACCACCUGGAGGAGCUGUAUGAGAUCUACCUGCGGGAGCUGGAGGAGGGCAGCCUGGACCGUGUGGCUGCCAAAGCCCUGAAGGACACGUCUCUGCCCAAGAUCCCCCACCUCCCGGCUGCUGAGAGCACCCUGGACUCCGACCAGGACAGCGUGAGGACACUGGGCUCGGAGCACCUGCCGCCCCUCGUGCUGGACGCAGACAGCGACCCGGCCCAGGUGUUCAGGACCAGCCCUCGGGUGCGGCAGAUCAAGAGUUCGGCUGUGCUGACCCCGCCCCCGAUCCACGUGAACGGCAUGGUGACCCAAGAGUACCUGCACCGGGGGAGCCUGGCCAGCCUGGAGAGCCACCCCAACUCCUCCCCGGACAGCAGUGAGAACUGCUCGGACGUCACCCUGAUGCGCAGAGAGCGCAGGGAGAUCCUGAGCAGCACCAAAAGCAUCGCGGUGAAGGCUGCCCGGCGCCGCUCCAGGGUGCUGGAGUCUGACCGGCUGCACCUGCUGGAGCCCAUGAAGGAGCGGAGCAGCCUGUCGCUGCACUCCCUGAGCGAGAGCGAAGACCCCCUCUCCCCGGAGACCCCCGCCUCCCGGCGCCCACCCUGCCCCGGCCUGCAGCAUGCCGCCAGCGAGUCCAACCUGUCCAGCAGCACCGGGGAGACAGCCUCACGGGCUGAGGGCCCCUGCCCCAGCCACUCCCCCGGGCCCUGGCUCCGGGGGCACAAGAAGGCUGGCAAGAAGCUGGAGAAGAGGGAGGAGUCGCUGGACGGCAAAAGGCGGAAACGACGGUCCAGGUCCUUCGAGGUCACCGGCCACGGGCUCUCAGGACUGAAGACCAACGUAACCCAGUGCCGCCCCCUCGAGAGCAACUCCGAGCACAGGAUGCCAGCGGGGGGGCAGCCAGUGCCACACCCCCGGGCACCUGGCAAAGCCAAAGGGAGGCUCCCACAGAGCCAGCAUGCAGGUCUGGGGGACCCAGCAUCUCUCCCGCUCCCCCUCCCUCAUCCCGGCAACUUGAAGAAAGGCCCCCAGCCCAGCCAGCACCCCCGCCUGAGCUACAUCACUCUGAACGGCACCAACGCUUAUGCCAAGGACGGCAGGAGCCGGCGCUACUGACGGGCUGUGGGCAGACAGCCCUGGACUGGGAGGGCCCAGUCCUCAGUGCGGGGAGGGCAGGGGCUUGGGAAGCCUGGCAGGACUGUCCUGGAGGCCUGGCAUGCCCAGCUGCUGCAGGGAGAGUAGGGUGCAAGGGGGCUUCUCUGAGUGGAGCCGGCACAGGGCCUGGGGCCUGCAGGAGGAAAAGGGUUUACCAACGUGGUUCUCAUGGACGAUGAUUCUCUCCCUCCUCCUGGCUGCCCCGCAGCCCUGGCUGCUGAGGCCUGUCCCUUCCGCAGCCCUACGGACACAUUCCCUCUACCCCUCCAUCUGAAGCGCUUAGACCGCCGCGUCCCCCUUGCCAAGGGUUACGGGGAGCUCCCUCUGAAAAGUCGCUUGGCUGGCAGCCAGCCGCCUGUUCCCAGCUGGUCACUCUGUUCACAGCUCCAUGCCCCAGCUGCCCUGGGACAGGUGGGGGCAAUGGCACGCCGGGCAUCCCGCUGACCCCAUGUGGAUGGACGCCAAGCACCCAUGCAGCUCAAGCCCCACGGUUUGUUGCCCUGGUGCCUUCCCUCCAGACUGCUGGCCUCGCCCAUUCCUCCCACUGGCCUCCGGGCAUGGGCUGGGCUCAGGGUGCCACACUCCCUAUGCACCCCAGAGCUUCCUGUGACCUCUGCCACCCAUAUACACCUGCCCGCUACCCCACCAUGCCAGCUGCACUGCGCCCAGGGCUCUGCCCCCGCAGGUGCCCCGUACGGCAGGUCGGCAGGACUGGUGCUCUGUCUGCAUCUCCGACCUCAGGUUUCCAGCCCCCCCGAAUCACUCCCUUGCUCCCCAGGAGCUGCAGCUCCCAGUCCCUGGAGGGUCUCGCAGUGCUCAGCAGCACCCCCUGCUGGCAGACUAACAGCAGGACUGGCCUGCUGCAAAGGGAGUGUGGCUGGAAAGCUGGUGGCCAUGAAUCUGGCUGGGGGCACCCCUGGCCCUCCCUCAUUAAACCCACAGUGCAUGUGUACCAUCAGUAGGGAGUUCAGGGCCUCCCAGCUCUGCUCCCCCGGGGCCAACUGUGGCUGAGGAUUGUCUGCGAGUGUCUUGUGGGGAGGGCAAGAGGUGCCCCCAAAAUGGUCUCCUGGCCUCCCAGCUCCUGGGGUGAGUGGAGGCAGGGAGGGGAUCUCCCUGGCGUGGCCAGCAGGCAGGAGGCGUGUGGACCCGGGUGCUGGCUCAGUUACGCUGUAAAUAAAAUGUGUUGCCAAACUCUUCACCUGGUGGGGCCCAAUCCUGACCUAGCAUGGCCAAUGGGACCUGCAGUGCUCAGGAUCAGGCCCUUUUGUUGCGGCUAGGAUGGCACAGGAUUCCAGCCAGGCCUGGGAGCUCUGCAGCAACGGGGUUUGGGGCAGGGGGGGCUGCCUGCUGGGCCCAAUCCAGGGGCUCUCAGUGCCUGCACAGCGCCCAGGUCUGGCCCAUUGGCUGCAGGGCUGCCCUGGUCUCUGUGGGUAUGUCCAGGGACUCUGAACCUGGGGUUUUUACCUGGCAAUGUUGUUUUUUAUUCCUCUUGUUAAGGCUAAAUUAAAAGUGAUUUGUUGAGAUUCUA